GAGGUCUCGCCCAAUAAACGCGCCGGCUGUACAGACGCCGUGUGCAAAAAGGAAGGGCUCAAGAUCCAAAAGGGCGACCUCAGGUUUGGCUCUUGGACUAUCAUCAACGAGCACGGUUCUUGGCGCUGGAAGCACUGGGGAUGUGUUUCCGGAUCCCAGCUUGUCAACCUUCAGGAAGCGUGUGGGAACGAUCCUGACAACUAUGACUUUGAUGCAAUUGACGGCUUUGAUGAGCUGCAAGACGAAGAGCUCAAGGAGAAGGUUAAGCGCUGCGUCAGGCAAGGCCACAUUGACCCUGAGGACUUCAAUGGGGUGAGUCUUUUG